AUGAUCUGCCCGGAUAGUUCGGCCGACGUAGCCGACGAUGUUUACCAUGUGAUGCACAGCAUAGGUAAACAGGGACGAUGCCUUUGUGUGUGAGUUAAUUUAUAGUGAUAAUAGCCUUACACAGCAUCUACAGCACUCUCUCCUCCUCCCCCACCUGGACCCCGUGUCAAGACAGAGUCAAGAAGACCAGAGGCGGGCAGGGGGCGACAGUGGCUCACACAGCAAAUGACCUGGUUUUUGACCAGCAACAACAAUGGGGGAGGGCGGCAGGGGUGCCAGUGUGCGCGACGUCUGCCGGCAAUCGGGUCUGUAAUCGCACCCAGAAAUGUUAACAUUUGUUAUGGCGCACAAUCCGGUAACGCCCGCCAGAAUCCGAUAUGGCCCGCGUGUUGGUCCAGUGCAUCUACCACGUUGCCCCUUUGGGGGGGGGGGAGGGGGGGUACCCUCCCACACGCAUACACGCGACAAACCAGGAUUUCAAACAAAGGGGGUAUGUCGCUGGGAUCGCACAUGUGUUCGAGUGCCACAGUGGUCACAUGAAGAAGGAGGCGAAGAACACGCUUCCCACUUGCGUAAGAAGUGCCUAUUCCGUGUCUGUGGGGUGAGUGAUGUGGAACGAGUCCUUAUGUGAUUAAGUGCUGAUGAAAAUAUAUGCUGCGAUAAGGUUUGGCCAGCGGUGGUUUACCGCAGAACAGCUGGUUGUUCAGAGAGUUAAGAACGAUGCGAGCGAAGAUCCCCCGGUAGUGUUGACCAGCGAGAUGGAACGUCUAAGUCGCCGUUUGUUUCCACUUGGGGAACUGAUCGAUGGCGGUGGCGAAGAUUUGCGCCGGUCGAUUGAAAAUGUUUCUGAAGUGAUUGACACAGUGCUUCGGAAUCGGCGAUUCCUCCAUCAGAAACGUUGUUAUCUCGGAGCUGAGAAGCAGCCCGAUCACGUUGCUGGGGAUGCCAUAGACUUCCUUGAUGGAGACGAAGACAUUCUUCAUACCCUUGAAUUUUCUCGAUCUUACAAUACAUCCAGGCAUCCUGCAUCUCCCGCAACCAUUUCUGCACCGAGCAGCGACAUCUGAACAAGGCCGCCUCGUUGGUGUUGGUCCGGCAGUCGAUGUAGGCUUUGUGCAGUCCGUGCUUAUUGCCAAGUAGGCUGCAGAUUUUUUCAUCGUCAAAGUCAUCAGACCAGUCCUCGUGUCGACGACGGGAGCGACCGAGGACGUCCAGGGCGGCGGAACGCAUGGCAUCCCGCAGUUGGCGCCAUUAUAUCUCCAUCGUGGCGUUGUCGUCCCGAGUCUGCAGUUCUUCUAGACACUAAGCCAACUGGUUUCUGAAAUCUAACCGGAAAACGAACAAAUUAAACAGAGGACUGUUUAGCUUACCUUGUGGUCUCCUGCGGGGUUGCAAGCACAGCAUGGUCUUGCAGAUGACGAGGCCGUGAUCCGUCAACCCAUCGUCGUUGUAGAUCGGUUUUUUCAACAGAACUUCCCGCCGACCUCGUCUUUCGAUGAGAACGCAGUUCAGCAGUUGCCCGCGCCGCGCUCGGGGGUGCAUCUAGGCUACCUUCUCCCCUGUCGGGAAGCAGAAGAAGAUAUUGGUCAGCCGAAGGCGAUGCUCCGCGCAGGUUUGCAGAAGAAGGAGCCCGUUAUCGCUGCAGUCGCCGAAUCCAUGGGGACCCGGCACUCCCUCCAAGACUGCGUGAUCUGUCCCAACGCUGACAUUAGAUUCACCAAGGACGUCCAGCUUGUCCGCCAGUCGGCACAGACGGUAGAAGGGCGUGUAGGUCUUCGUAGAACUUGUUCCUCGCCUUGUCAGAGCUGAUCAUUUGAGCGAGGGUGUGGCAUAGGCGCUGACAACGUCGCCGAGUUGGGUUCAUCGAAGGGACAGGUGCAGGGUAAUGAGAUGAUUGUUACUUCCCUGCGGUAGACAGAGGGGUCGUCACACGAUGUCGUUCCGGCGUCACGGUGCUCUGCCUUUAGGCAGUCGCCCCAGAAUAGGGAGUAACCGGUACCCACUUCCUCCAGCUGCCGUGCUCGGAGAGUGGGAUCUAGCUGAAAGGAACGAUGUUCACCUUGAAGCGCGCCAGCCCUCGAGUAAGUAAUGGCAUCCUCCUUUGCAGCCGGGUGCUCCUUGGAGGGUCUAAAAGAUAACGAUCGUACCAGGCUGCCGGAGUGAACUGACUAACCCUAAUAGUCUGUGGGUUGGGAUGGAGGAAGAUGGGUAUUAAAGGAGGGAAUUGUUGUUUAUCGUUUGCUUGUCUUGACCGCGAGUUUCACAUCUACGAGCCACAGUAUGUAGGUGGCAUGAUUUCCCAACAUUCGUUUCGAGCACCUUUUCCAGUCCCCUCCCCUUCCUUCUCAGACGACUGUCGAACGCCACCAUGGGCCAUGGCUUUGUUUGUUGGAGAGCAACUCAGGUUAGUUUGAACUACCUACGGGAUCGCAUGUUGCCUUUUCCAUAGGAUUUUUUUGAAGUGGAAGGGAGGGGAAGCAGAAUUACCGGGACUGGGCACACACGCACACAACACCGGAUACCCUUACCUGAUUUAGUCCGCCAGUCGAGGUGGUUAUCGGGGUACGGAUGCUAGGCCGAGCCUAGCUUCGGGGAGCCAAAGGUGAGGGUUGAGUGCCAACCUAGGGGCGUACGAAGCAGCCACAACCUGAACCGGGUACGUGGUCCGACCUAUCACAUUUGCACGGCUUGCCGCUAACUAAAUACCUCUACUAGGCUUUACAAGUCAAGUCAGGUCGCCAUCUCACCAUUUUACCCAGAUGACUGAUGCCGGAGCGUAGAGGCGGAUUAAUAGGAUAACACUAUGCCGAUUAACUGUGUGCCCUCGGCCAUGACGAACCUAGAAUCAAGUCGCGUCCUUUCCCAACUCGAUUGUUGGGUCUCACCCUCUCACCUUCACUUUCUGCGUUCGGAAGAGUUAACACCGCACCAACCACUUAAACUACCAGUACUUUGGAGGCCGAAGCUGUUUUGGACUUCUGGCGAGUGACUAGUACUUUUUACUUUAGGCAGACACCGUGGAAUCAUUUAUCUUCCUCGCCUGACCUUAUGUCUAGCGCGGAAAGCUUAUUUACUCCGUGAGGCUGGCCACAUAUUUCCCGACAAGGAAAGUGCGUUUAGUGCCCCCAGUCAUUACUGCGCUGGUAGCUGAGUAGUCAUCAUCUGCGUACGGGGAGGGGGGAAAGGUAGGUGGGCGCAGCAAAUGCGAAUUUCCUUCAAAGAACCAAGAAAGAGUCAUCCCCUGAAACGGAUGAAAAUGCCCUCCGCACGUAAAUCAAACUACCCUCUUAUUAGGCUUCCGACUCGCAGAUCAACAGUCCGAGUCAUCGAAUUUCUUUUUUUAUGAUGUUUUUGGGAUAGCGAAGACGCGAGUAGCGCUACGUCAAUGACACAGACGCGCGGGGGGAGUAUUCGCAUGACCGACUGAGGAGCAUAAACACCUCUACACAGGCCUACGACGGCCUGAAAAAUAAGCGCAAAGGCAUAAACAAAAAUUCAGGACACCGGAGCUAUACACGAAAGCUAGACCAAAACAGCUAUGAUGUGGUCUGGUGUGUGAGAGGGGGAGAGAGAGAUAACUUCGCAUGACUUUCUGCCCUUACGAACGCAUGAAUGUGCGCAGUAGGAAGUAUUUUGCGAGGACUUCCCACUUUCUACUGUUGUACCCCUCUAAAUGCCUCCUGGAAGCCUUGCCAGAUGCAUCGCUGCAGCGUCUCGAAACUGACUUGCCUGAGGACAUGACAGGGUGUGAGGGUAGCCGGUAAAUUUCACCAAAACCUGUGCGUAUGUGGGCAAAAAAAUGUGUGGUUAGGAUAGAGAGCGAGAGAGAGAGAUUGCACUUUGGUUUUCAAAUGACGAAAUUUUUAGCCAAGAAACCUCAAAUAUGGUGGUUCAACGUAGGCACAAGGUACGGCUUCCAUUAAUAUUAAAUUGGGCAAAUAUUGCGAGUAGCCCAUUUCCCUCGGGGGCUGUGGCCGUUAAACGUCGGCUUUAGUGGAGGAAAAGUAGACGCGAUCGUUGGAGCAAGAGCUUUAUUCGUCUGACAUUUCGGAUUCAUGCUCGGACGCAUCGUCAGAAGCAUUAUCAGGUACGAGCUAUGCAUGCACAGUUUGCAGUACUUACAGGAUGCAGUCGCUAUACUACUACAUGCCUCUAAAGACUAACCGCUCCCCCGCCCCACCCCACCCCACCCCCACUUCAUCGAGGACGGUUUACCGUCAAUGCUAUGACAGUUCGACCGUCGAUUCCGACGAUGUUCACUGUGUGCUACACACAAAGGUGCACCAGGCGCGGUGACUUGUGCGUGAAUUAAUUUAUAGUGGUAGUAGACUUGCGCUGAAUCUACCACACUCUCUCUUCCUCACUCCUCACCUGGACCCGGUGUCAAGACAAAUUCAAGAAGACUGGAGACGGGGGAUGGCGCAGGUGGCUGUCACGUCCAGACCUGCACCUAGGCGUGCCAUCACACCCCCUGGUCCACAACAUACACUUGACUAGGAUUCUUCAUCAACAACAACACUCCAACAGGAGCCAAAGAGACGAGGAUGGCUAAGCAGUCGUGCCCACCACCUGUGUACCUAGCGGUAUCGCAAGCGAACCAGGUGUCAGGGAACUGCCAGCGCAUACCAGGCUGCGAGGGCCAUGAUUUGCUGAUACUGGAAUAGCACACGCUUUCAGGUCUUUUGACCGUCGGUGCGAUGAUGGCAUGAUGACCGGCAUUUGGGACGUCAGGCUUCGCAAUCUCAUCAACCGUGUUGAAUGUUGACGUGAUUAUUACUCGACCAUCUGGUCCACUGCCACUGAAAAUUGUAAACAGUGUUCGCCUGCGCGCACCAGUAGACUGGGGGACCAGUGAACCAUGACUCAAGCAGUUCGUGGCUCUCGCGAUUAUCCCCCCUGGCCAGAAUUUUAGCCUUCUCGAACUUGAAUGUGUGGCUGGGUCCAGUUGAAUGAGGAGUGACCUCCUGCGAGCUGACGUCAUUUCUCCGCACUGAUGCCAGUUGUUUGGCUCUUUGCGUCCGGAACAGUCUUCCAGUUUCUCCUGCGUAAUUGCAUUGCCAGAAACUAUCCUUAGUCAGCACGAAAAGAAAAAAAGAGAAACCAUGUUUUCAGUUACCGAAGUAAUGCGGAGAAGUGUUCGACAGCUCGUGUCAAUCGCAUUUCAGGGACCCCGGGCAAGUGCACCAGUCACAACGCGGCAGUUCUUGUCAGGGGCCGGUUGACAAUCUCAUGUGGGGGCGGAAUGACAUACUUUCACAGAUCGGAUAGAGUGGGGUCUAACAUGAAUGACCUUCUCUAAUUCUAUGUAAUUAACCCACGUGCAAAUUACUAGUGCACCUUAUUCAGGUACUUGCGUGUGGCACACGUUAGACGGGGACUUCAUGCCAAAUAAGCAGCUGCACCUAAUAUCCUCACCAGUCGACCGACCAGUCUGCAUAGGAACUUUAGAGCGGAAGUCAUGUCCCGGAGACUUAACUCCAUGCCCUGCAUUGAAUAAUUUCUGAAGUUCUGAGUUUUAUAUACCAGAUGCCGCAUGGAGAACGCUGGCGGACCCAGUGAGUAGCCGAACCCACCGCAUCUGUGUCACGCAGCGGCAGAAUAUCGGUAAAACACAUGUCUGGCUUAUAGAUGGUACCUAUGUCGAGAGUAUGGUAUAGUAUCUUUGCCAUAUAUGUAUGAAUUGGAACGUAGGCGUCCUAAGAAAUAUAAUUUGAAAGCAAAUACCUUCUGUGGGAAAAGUAGAAAACUUUACUGAGUAAAUUUUCGAGGUCGGUCCCCGUGUAGUCGUCAGACUUGAGUAAAUGUGCAAAAACAAUCAACUUUUCAAACCUGCUGAGAAAUCAAUAUUCAUUCGGAUUUCAGCCGGUAAGCGGCCGCCGUGUGUGUCAGUCUGCAUCGAUUGGCUUUCGCCUCUUCUACUAUUCCCUGAGAAUUUUGUAAGUGGCAUCUAGCUCGAUGUGCCUAUUGGUGCAUGGCUUCAAGAAACCCUCGGCCUUUUUUUAGAUGGACAAACUCCGAUGAUGCGAGUUUUGUCCCAUGUGAAGGUGUGCCCAGUAUCAAGAGUGUGCACGGCCAUCUGAGACAGGUGAUCUCGCCUCUUAACUGCCAGUUGAUGUUCGUGGUUGCGUGUAGAGGUUAAUUUCCCCGUUUGGCCACAAUAUACGGCAUUACAGGCAUCGCACAUAUAUAUGUAUGGGUAGAUUAGGUGCUACCGACAAAGUCAAGGGAGACUGGAAUGGCCCUAUUUGAGUUGUAAGCCAUCAUCAGUCAUCCUUACCGAACCCUAGGUUUUGAACGCCUGGGAUUUGAACCCGGGAUCUUUGGUUAUGGACUUGAAAGCUCUACGAACUGAGCCGCGGAUCCAUUUUCCUGUCGUUGCUGAUCGAGAAUAUUGGCUACGUCGACUGGCUGACGACGGCUAAUAAGUCGGAGACGGUCACUCCAGUCUCGCUUCUCUUUGUCAAUAGUCUUAUUCUGUCUAUACUACUCGUCGCUGUGCGGCCGCGUGGGGGGAUCAUUGCGCUGCGAAAGAAUGCCAACUAGUGCGAUUUUUUGCGCAAUGGAAAGGCCGCGUCUAUCGCCUCGGAAGUUUACUCUCCAUCUACUAAGGUCUCCCAUUUAGCGAAGGCAGCCUAAACGCUUUGCUGACUGAAUUCCCCGCCAAAGCAAAUCACACUGAGCUCUGUUUGUGUCUUCGUCGCCUACAGGGUGGUCUAGAAUUUUGUCUUUGUUUCGGUUCACUGUGAGAAAGGGAACUUUAUUGUCUCCCUAAAUCCCAUUAUGCAAACAAUAUCAGAAAUUAAAACUUACUUCACGUGAUGUUAAACCAGUCUCUAAACGGACAUAAUUUCAGCCAUUUUCCGCCCUCUAAGGCAUGCGGUUUUUCCUGCAUUCUGCGUUUGCCGGAUUGGAGGGUACUUAAGAAAGUAAGAAUUUGUUUUUGUGAUUAGUUCAUUUUCGUGGUUCGAACAAUUAAUUCGCUGAUUCUAUUCCAGGUUUUAACUAUGAUUUACUAAGGCUAAUACUGGGAGCGCUGUUCUGGCAAACGGUUAAAAAAUGCAUGUCAACGCCGAUGCUAACAGCUCUCGCAGUCAGCUUAGUAUUACGCCAAAUUUGAAAUACAUGUUCCAAUGGUCAGAUGUGGUUAUGCGCCCCCGCCUAAAGUAAACAAACCCCAACCACCUGAAAUACGGGGCAGGAGAUAAUAGGGGUUUUUGCAGGUGGGGUCGGGGAAAGCACAUGCGACGAGGUCAGGUAGUUGUAUGCCAAAGAAAACCUAUUGGGAAUGCGUGGUUGUACAUUGAGUGGUUGAGAAAUAGUUGCUCUGACGCCUAACCCCUAAUCAUAACCCUUAACCCUAACCCCCAUAACCCCACCCCCAACAGUAUUGUGUCCAUCAGGUGGGGCUACAUUACUAAAUUUUAUCGUUAAAAUUUAGAAAGUUUCAAGUACCUAUGGAGAGCUGAAUCUUCGAUGAAUAAAGUGCUUUAGUAUCUGUCCGUUUUUACGAGGCGCUUUGCUUACAAGCUUAUACUCAAUCAAUCGUCGACGACUUAUCAGUUUUGCGCCAUUACCGCAUAGAGACCAGGAUAGGAUGGUCGCAAAUGGCUUAAAGAGAACCGUGUCAAACUCAACCCGACGGGGGGUCCACCAAUCAACUCAACUGACGGCGAGGUAUACGAGAAGUCAGACAGAACGGACGCCGCACAAACUCAAUCAAUCCCGCCCUAGCACGAACGUGGGCACUAGUCAGGCGGUUAUUCAGAGUCUCAGGCAGACAUUCCGUGUGCAAACUGUUCUUGUUAUUACGAGGGUCAGAGUGAGCGCGUGCUCGGAUCGCGCAUACACGAACAUAAGCCGACUGUCUGACGGGUUUUUGCCCCUACGUUUCAUGAGCAGGAACCCAUACUACUUGUGAGCAAGGAGAAUGUAAAAUUUAUUGAUUUUGUGUGUCCUUUAAUUGCGCCCACCUCUCCAUUUAACAACCCAUCCCUUUGUUAUCUCAAGGUGUAUCCGAAUUUUCAUCGCACAUUUACUCGUGAAAGUUACCAAACAAUGAGCUGUUUCUAGUCAUGCUGAUACUAGUAAAUUCCUACUUUCUCAAUGAACGCGUCGACUUCGCCUGAGGUAUCUCCCUCUCAUUAAGCAGUUUUUUCCAUCCUAAUUACUUCCGGGUCUGUUUCGUCCCAAAAAAACUCCCUCUUCCCAAUAAUCAGCCUCUAUCUGCUGGCCUAAAUAGGUCUUUAUGGUUGUAGAAAAAUAUGCAACGGAAGACGAUUUUGUGCGGGUCUCAGUCUAGCCCAUGCUGUCUUUUGAUCCGCCGCGAGAGACUGCUCUCUGCCCAUUCAGGCGACCACGACGGCACAAAGGCAGGCUAUCACCGAGGUUUCAAAAAACUGCACAGUCUCCACCACCACCACCACCACCACCACCACCACCACCACCACCACCACCACCACCACUACCACCACUACCACCACCAUCAUCACUAGCCCAUUACCAGUCAUCUGCUUUAGCGCACCGAAACUAAUUACUUGACCAAGUGAGACUGACUACCAUCCUUUGUCUCCUCCGCGCUUUUUCCUAACGCCGUCUGCUGACCUCGUCCACACGAUCUUCAAAGAAGCUGCACCCGCGCAUUACCUGCCGACAUCAGCCAUACCCAGAUCUGUUGAUGCAGCCUUUUAUUUACCUAUAAUGUCGUUCAUUUCAAAAGAGGGUUAUAUACUCUGUUUUCUCUCACAGGCUGUAUAGGCAGUCGGUGCAACUACCAACGUCGUCAGACAAAACAAUCAAACUCACCUUCGCCAUGAGCAAACUGAGCCCAGGGAUCAAUCGAAUGUGUGUUCAGUAGGCGUCUGUAUGUAUGUUUGUACCAGGAGUCUCCCUAGCCACAGGGCGUUGCAUUUUAGACGCGCCCGACCAAAAGGAAGAUCAGAUUGCCUCAGAGCCAGCAUUAGCUAAGAUGCGAAGAGCCUGCGUCAGUCCGUAAUCACUACUGUACGAAAUUUCGACCGUUGCCUCCGACGAUGUCCAACGUGUUCUCCACAACAGGAUGGGAGCAGGGACGGUGACUUGUGCGAAAAUUUAGUUUAUGGUGAUAGUGGACUUGCACAGCAGCUACCGCACUCUCUCCUCCUCCCUCACUUGAACCCGGUGUCAAGACAGAGUCGAAAUGACCGACGGCGGGGGAGGACGCAGGUGGAUGGCACGGUCGAGCCCGCGCCUUGGCGUUCCACUCCACACCCCCUGGUCCACACAGCAAAUAACCAGGUUUUUGACUCACAACAACAGUGGAGGGUAACAGAGCUCCAGUGCGCGCGAGGUACGCCGGCAACCGAGGCCGCCAUUGCACUCCGAAAUGUUAGCAUUUGUUACGGUGCGCAACCCCCAUAACGCGCAAUGUGGCCCCCCCCGUGUUGGUCCAGCACAUCUACCAUGUGGCCCGUUAGGGGGACACCCUGCUGUACACGAAGGGGGUGGAAUGGCAUGCCUAGUCGUAGGGUUUCAUACCUCGUCAACUACAGUCGCCAGUCCCCUCACCAGAUGGUUCAUAGGUUCGGACAGCCAAAUUCUGCGUAGGAGGGAUUGAGGACGACUUUGGAAUAUCCUCCGCUAGGACACAUACAUAAACCUGAAUCUGCAUCGACGCGCUAAGAAGGCAGAUUAGUAGUCACUGAGCUCGACGGGGGAAUUCUCCCCGACGGGAAGAGUCCAGAGUGGAUGGCUGAGGCAAAUGUUGCCGGAAGCUCCUCUUGGUCGAAAUAUAUCACUCUCAGCGGGGUGGGUGUGCCCAUGUAGACGAUAUCAUCACCCAUGAUGCACUCAAUCUUCAGGCAUGUUCAAAUGGGGACCAAUGCCUGGGUGUGCGGGUAGACUGACACUCAGGUCUAAAAGUAUGCUGGCUAGUACGGUCCCCGCACAAAUAUCACGCCUCAUCUAGCUGCAUUAAUCUGGUUGCAGAUGAUCCGACUAGCAGGGUUACGCAGAAGUCUUUAGAUCACUUACAUGUACUUUGAAUUCGAUCACCUAGGUGUCGGCAUUGCGCUUCACGUAAAUAAAACUUGCCUUUACCUGGUGAUGGAAUGAGGUUGCGUUCAUUACCUAAAUGAACAGUUUAUCUGAUCUUAUUAAUGCGCAAUGACCAUAUGCAGCUGAACAGGAGGUCAUUAAAGAAGGAGACACGAUCGCCGGGACAAGAGCUUUAUUAGCCUGACGUUUCGGAUUCCUACUCGAAUUCAUCAUCAGAGACAAAAAAGCAGAAACGGGUGGUUGCUGCACAAGGGGCUGCGGUAUUUAUAGGAUGCAGUAGCCAUGCUACCGCAUACCUAUGAACAUUCACGGCUCCCCCCUUCAUCCGGGAUCGUCGCACUUGGUGUGAUCACUGCUCGAUGGCCGACAUUCGAGUCGAUCAUUGCUGCAAUUUCAUCACGUGCGUUGGAUGUUGGCGUGAUGAUUGCUCGACCAUCUGACGCAGCGACCCCGGUGUUGGGAAAAGUGUUCACCUCUGCGCUCCCCGCAUGGCUUGUUACCCCGCCUAGGCGAAGUUUUAGCACGCGGUAUGGAGUGGGAAGAUCGUUGCACUUGUUGAUGGACUGGGGGCCAGUAAACCAUGAUUCCAGUAGCUCCCGGCUCACGCGGUUGUCACCUCUUGCGAGAAUUUCGGCCUCAUUGAAUUUGAAUUUGUGGCCGGAUCUCGUCGAAUGAACCGCAACUUGAGAGUUGGCGUCAUUUCUGCGCACCGCUGCAGCGUGUUCGGCCAUUCGCGUUCGGAGCUGUCUUCCGGUUUCUCCGACGUAGUCGCUUUGUCCGCAACUGCACCAGAUCCGAUAAAAGACUCUAGACGUUUCUUGCCGUGGCAGGUUUGGCGUCAGCCGUGUUAAAUGAAGCUUCGUGCCGUAAAACCUGCAUCUGAUCCUUCGUCAGCUCCUUUGAUGACAGGUUGUGCACCCGCUUGUCGUUUCUGGGCGAGGUUGGAUUGGGCAGCUUUCGAAAUUUGUUCUCCAGUGCUGCGUCGCGUAUCAUGCUCUGUUCGCGGGCUUGUUCGGCUAUCUUCCGCAGGAGCAGAUAUGUCAUCAAAUUCUGCGUGUAUGGUCGCCUUUGUCGUGUUCGAAAAUUAACCAAUCUGAACAUGAAAGACUGGUGUUACGCACUCCUCUUCUAACAACGUGUGCAGAAACUACUAUUAAGAAAGACGCCGACCUUCCUGUCAAAUCCGCUGCCAUCCAAAGUGAGUAAUUUUGCCCAACUCUAAGUGUCUAUGUGCAAAAAUACAUAAAGUUGCCUACGAUUACUUUCACCUCGCUUUCGGUGACAGAAUCUCACUUGAAUCCUGCGCGACCCGCCAAAGGUACGGUACUCCACCUGCGUAUCGACGAGCUGUUGCCGAUCAGUGACACAUGCCGUUUGACCGGAAAUAAUAUAUAAGCAGUGUCGGAGUGAAUUUUGUGAGCACACAAGGCGACUAUGGUGGUCUAAAAAAUCUGUCUGCUUAAAAUGUGGAUGCGGUAACAUUUUAGCGCCGAAGCUCAGUCGAAACGAGAGUGGGAAAAAAAGCCAUCCCUCCUCCCUGUCAAGCAAAUAACCUGCAGUUGCUCAGCUAAAGACCUUGCUUGUUAAAAAAACGAAUGAAUGACUGGAGAAAUAUGAAAAUUAAUCAGAAAAUCUAAGCACUAUUAUUCCAGUAUAAAUUUGAACAAACAAAGGCGAUUAAACAUGCAGGAUUAAAUUACGUCAUAAAAUUUCGUGAGCUCUUAUUCAACUGCGUACGGCCAUUGCGUAUUAAUAGUAUAAGAUAAAGACCGUUCAAUCAGAGAGCGACCUAGAGGGGUGAAACGUGAAAGAUAAAAUAAAACAUGGACUGUUGAUCUGUUAUGCAGGUGCGCAUGGCGACGGGGGGUGAGGGAGGAGGGAAGUUAGUUAAGCAAGCAAAUUCAGAUUACAGUGAAUAUUUGUCGCUGUCGGUUAAAACUAUAAGGCGCCAGACAGAAUUCAGACAUUCACGGAGGGAACAUGAGAGGACUAGUGAUGGAAUGGGGUUAGGUCCAUUAUCUAAAUGAACAGCCUAUCUGAUCUUACUAGUGCGCAAUGACCGUAUGCAGUUGAAUAGGAGGCGUUGUGCCCUCCACUUCUUACAUCGUGAGCAGAAACUAUUAUUAAGAACCACUCACAGUGGAUUUACAGCCUUGCCUGUUAAAUCCACCGUCGAAAUCUCCAUCCAAAGUGAGCAAGUUUGCUCAAAUCUAUGCGUCUUUGUGUAAAAAUAAAUAAAGUUACCGACGAUUACUUCCUCCUAGCAUCCGGUGCCAGAAUCUCACUCGAAUCCUGCCCAUCUCCGACCCAACAAUCCGAUUCUAUUGCAGGACCAGUGUCAUGCGACACAAAACCACAUUUCCGCAGAGUGAUCUUGCGGUGGUAAAGAUGGCAUAUAAACACAAACAACAGUUACACCAUCCUCAUCCAUCCUCACUAUGACCUAACACUUUUAAUCAUGUCGCUUAUACCCCUCUCAACCCGCCGUUGAACUCGCUGUCCCCAGGCAUCCACAAACUACUCAUAUCACUAAUGCACAGCAUUCCGAAUGCUCAAACCUUACCUAUGAUUACGGCUCUUUCAUCAUGUCAGUUGAAGGCCUUCCUUCCUGUUCUUCAGUUGGGUUUCCGGAUCUUAGGGUGGUCAAGUGAGACAGUCGUUGCCUCGAGCUCCUCUAAGUCACCCUCCUCAAGAUGGAUGUGUCUCUGACGAAAAUGUGAUUUACCAUGAUGUACUCUAUCUUCAGACAUGCCCAAAAACACUCACAAUGUUUGAAGACUCUGAGGACCGUUGGUGUGGGUACGAAGGUAGACUGGCGCAUCAAAUGUGCCGACUAAUAAGACCUCACCACAAAUACCACGCAUCACUGAGCUGCAUGAAUCUGGGUGUAAAUGAUCCGACUGGCGGCGUUGUGCAGUCCACUUUAGAUCACUGACAUGUACUUUGAAGGUGACAACCUAGGUGGUGACACUGCUUUUCUGGUAAGUGAACUCUGCAUUUUCCGACAUGCCUCCUCCAACCCCCCCUCCCCGCCCACUACUUACAUGCCACGAGGCGGCAUCUUGUUUGACUCGAGAAACAGCACGACACUCUUCAGAGAGCGCUCGCAAAUGCCGUCGGGUCGAGCGAACUUUGCUCUGUAGAGGUGAACUGUGGAUUGCUGACUAUCGUUUUACUGUACGUUUUAUUUCCGACGUCUUCUAUUCCAUUCAGCACUAAUGUGCAGUGGGCGAGAAUAGGGCAAGUAAAACUCUCUGGCUGUUGACAUCCGUGGAAUUCAGCCGCUGUUGUAGGACAAGACUGUGGAUACUCUUAAAGAAUGACUUACGAAGGACAAGGAGACGGCAGCAACCAGCCAUGCCCGAAUCCAAGGUCAGGAAUACACGUGAAUGGAAUCCCGGUACAGUACUCCUGAGCCUUCCACAAACGAAGCACAUUAGGUGGCUCGACACUUGAUACGUGAUUAUCAAAAUCUAGAUGAUUUGCCCAGGUUACUUCGAAAGUGUUGCGCUUUUAUAGUCAGCUGAAGGGGUUUCGGAAGGUCAUUUGUUCUGCAAGAACACAUUUUUAUUUUAUUUUGUCGACGAAAUAGCCUACAACUUUGCCCACAGUUCGUUACUCAUAUCCUAUGCUAAUAAUCCCUGUAGACCAACCGUUCGACCGUCGUUGCCGACGAUGUCCACCGUGUGCUCCAUAGCAAGGUGAGAGCGAGCACCGUGACUUGCGCGCGAGUUAGUUUAUAGUGAGAGUAGACUUGCACAACAUCCACCACAUUCUCUCCUCCUCCCCCACCUCACUCCGGUGUCAAGACAUAGUUAAGAAGGCCGGAGGAGGAGGAGGAGGAGGAGGAGGAGGAGGAGGAGGAGGAGGAGGAAGCAAGUGGCUGGCACGGCCGAGCCCGCGACUUGGCGCUCCACUAA